AUUGUGCGGAGAACUUCAGGGCAGUGAGACAAAAAACAAACUUUGCGGAACCCAGCUCCAGCAGCCCAACAAGGCUUUCGGGUUCGGGGGCAGCGGAGAAAGUCAUAAAAAGAGGCUAUCUUUAGCUCCCGUCAGAAUCAAAGAUGACACUUUGAGCACCACCUUGCAGGACACAAAAGAGGGAAGCAUGUUUGUUAGGGUGUCAGUUUUCUCUCCUUGCCUCUUGGAACUCUGUGUGUUGGCUGGUUGCCCAAUGUGGUGCCGCAUACAAAUGUUGACAGAACACAGCGGUGUUUGUUAAACCCGGCCUGGGGAAACCAGUGAUUAAAACUCUUGAAGGAAGAUCCGAAAACCCCAGGAACUCUCCUCAAUAGCCUUAGAACAUUGAUCGAAUGAAAGAGAAAGCAGUGAGUGGGCUAAAGUGAAACAUUCAGCGUCCCUGUCUGCUAUGCCUUCUCGUGACCCUGGAAACAGACGGGGGAUUCUUAUAAGUCACAAAAGAAAAUAAAUAACUUCGUCCAUGGAGGGAAAGAGACAGCUCGAGAAAAGGGACUUUGGAAAAAGGCUGUCUCUAGACAGCAGUCUUGUGGAAUACAUGGACUCCAAUAAAUACAUUGAGCAUCUGCUGAGUCAACUCGAAGAACAGCACAGGAGUCUCUGGAGGGAGAAGUUGGCAGUGGCCCGACUACAGCGAGAAGUUGCCCAAAGAGCAAGUGAGGGGGCCAUGCAUGAGAAGCUGAUACAUGAACUGGAAGAGGAGAGACACUUACGCCUUCAAAGCGAGAAGCGGUUGCAGGAGGUGACCCUAGAGUCUGAGCGCAACAGAAUUCAGAUGCGUGGCUUGCAGCAGCAGUUCUCCAGGAUGGAAGAAACAGUACGAAAUCUACUGCAGAGUCAAGGAUCUCCAGAGCAGAAAAAAGAAGAAACUGUUAAUAUAAUGGUCUAUCAGGAAAAGCUGUCAGAGGAAGAGAGAAAACAUAAGGAAGCUUUGGAAGAUCUUCACAUGGUGGUUGAUGAGGAUUCGAGGAGUGAAAGCAGCAGUACAGAUGAGGGGAAGGAAAAGACCAAAUUGCUAUUAGAGAGAUUGAAAGCUCUGGAGGCAGAGAAUUCAGCAUUGGCUUUGGAGAAUGAAAAUCAAAGAGAACAAUAUGAGCGAUGUCUUGAUGAGGUAGCCAACCAAGUUGUUCAAGCUCUGCUUACGCAAAAGGAUCUAAGAGAGGAAUGUGUGAAGUUGAAAACAAGAGUGUUUGAUUUGGAACAGCAGAAUCGAACACUAAGCAUCCUAUUCCAACAGCGAGUCAGACCCACUUCUGAUCUGCUCCUCCAGAAACUUCACUCACGCCUCUUGGAUCUUUCAUCCGGAGAUUUGCUUUCAGAGGUGGAAAGAAGCCGAAGUCUGACGCAGUCACGAACUGAUGCUGAGCUGCACGAACACCAGCUAAAUACAAAAUCAGCCUUGAAAUGCCCUGGCUUGGGGGCUGUCAUCCCUGGUCAUCUCUGUCCUCGAAACAGCUACAGCAGCAGCAGUGAACUGUCUCUUUCAAGCACCUGCAGCGAGUAUUCCAGUGGCUCCUCCUACACAUGGCACGAUGGGAAGAACCUCAGGAAAAGGCAAUCAUCACAAAACUGGGAUAAAAGGCUAAGUAUUGAUUCUUCGCUCCCAAGUGGCUUUGCUAGUCCUACAAAUGAACUACCUCCAACUCGUAUCAAGGAAAGCCACAUUUUGGAAGGGCUAAGAAAGCUACAGAAGCGAAAAGUGUUACUUGAACCCCCAUCAGUGAUAACCAAAUGGGGUUAUAAAGAUUGCAUGAACUCGAAUGAAGGAAUAUAUUCUCCAGGAAUUAAAAGUAGCAGCCUCAAGGAGUAUCCCCCCUGCAAAACAGCUGACCUGGGGAGCCCCUGCAAGGAGCCCCACAAGACAUUUGUUUAUGAUCUAGAUUCCCACGAUGAUGCAGACGAUGACUCCUCCACCUUCACAUUGCUCCAAGCAGUUCCAAACCAGAGCUACAGGCCGCAUGGCAGUAAACUAACCCACAGUGUUUCUGACAGUCUGUUUGGCUGGGAAACAAAUAGAAAACACGUUCUGGAAGGCACAUCCUCAGUUUAUCCCAGGGAAAGGCCUGAAAAGCUGACAAGUUGUGCCAGCAGCUGUCCCUUGGAGAGGAAGCUGUGCCCAAGUGUGCAGACGCCUCAGGUACAGAGGGAGAGGGGCCCACACGGCCAAGGCCAUGGCUGCGUGGCUCUCAACCUCCAGCUUUCAGACACUGAUGACAAUGAAACACUCGAUGAGCUGCACAUAGAGAGCAGUGAUGAAAAAAGUCCUUCAGACAUAUCACUGGCUGCCGACACCGAGAAGUCCGUGGAGAACCUGGAUGUUCUUGUGGGGUUUGGAAAAUCUCUAUGUGGGUCUCCUGAUGAGGAGGAAAAACAAGUGCCCAUCCCUUCAGAGACUAGGCCAAAGACGUUUAGUUUCAUUAAGCAGCAAAGAGUUGUAAAAAGGACUUCUUCAGAAGAAUGUGUUACCGUGAUAUUUGAUGCGGAAGAUGGUGAGCCCAUUGAAUUCAGCUCUCACCAGACUGGAGUUGUCACUGUUACCAGAAAUGAAAUUUCCAUCAAUUCAGCUCCUACUGGACCCAAGGCAGAACAUGCUGAACUUUUACCUCAGGGAAUUACUUGUUUACAGCCAGGAGCUGCUGCAAGAGACUAUACUUUCUUUAAAAGGUCUGAAGAGGACACUGAAAAAAACAUUCCAAAAGAUAGUGUAGAUAAUGUUCCCAGGAUGUCCACUGAAUCUUUCAGCUCCAGGACAGUGACACAAAAUCCUCAGCAGCAAAAGCCGGUCAAGCCCACACACACGCUAUCAUGCCAGAGUAAUUCCAGGUCUUCAGCGCCCAUGGGCAUCUAUCACAAGCAAAAUCUCACAAAAAUACCUGCCAGGGGCAAGUCUUCACCUCAGAAAUCAAAACUAAUGGAGCCGGAAGCCUCCACACUACUCCCUUCAUCUGGCUUGGUGGCUCUUGAAAAAUCGCCGGCCUCAGUUCCUGGGAAACUCUCACGAUUUGUGAAGACUGAGAGCUCAGGACCCCUCUUUGAAUUACGACCAGAUCCACACAUUCCAAAACAUCCCACCCAACUUCCGCACAGCUCCAGAUUGCCCAGCAGGAGGGACUGGGUCCACUGCCCCAAGAGUCAGACUCCAGGGUCACGGUCAAGGCCUGCCAUUGAGUCUAGUGACAGCGGAGAGCCCCCCACGAGGGAUGAACACUGUGACUCUGGGCCGGAGGCAGGGGUGAAAUCCCCUUCCCCUCCGCCCCCUCCAGGCAGGUCCGUCUCCCUGCUGGCCAGGCCCAGCUAUGACUAUUCACCAGCACCUUCAUCCACCAAGUCUGAAACCAGGGUCCUCAGUGAAACAGCAAGGACCCCAUUCAAAUCCCCUCUGCUGAAAGGAAUCUCUGCUCCGGUUAUUUCGUCUAAUCAGGCCGCGACAGAAGUGCAGAGGAAGAAACCUUCUGUGGCCUUCAAAAAGCCUGUCUUCACUUACCCUACACCCUCCCCAGAAGCAGUCAUUCAAACCCGAUGCCCUGCUCACGCCCCCUCCAGCUCCUUCACCGUAAUGGCUCUGGGGCCUCCAAAGGUCUCUCCGAAGAGAGGUGCCCCGAAAACCUCUCCUCGCCAAACACUUGGGACCCCACAAAUGGACACAGGAUUACAGACUCCCAGGAUUUCUCCUUCAACCCAUGAGCCACUGGAAAUGACGUCCUCCAAAAGUGUAUCUCCAGGGAGAAAAGGACAGUUGAAUGAUAGCGCCUCCACACCCCCCAAGCCUUCCUUCUUAGGGGCAAACGAGUCACCAUCAUCUCAGGUCAGUAGUCCCUCUUUGUCCUCAUCACCCUCCAAAAGCCAUCACAGCCCUCAUGGUUGUCAAAGUGCUCAUGAGAAAGGACUGAAAACUCGCCUUCCGGUGGGACUCAAAGUGCUCAUGAAGUCUCCCCAGCUGCUCAGGAAAAGUUCCACCGUGCCAGGGAAACAUGAAAAAGACAGUUUAAAUGAAGCCUCCAAAAGUUCCGUGGCUGUGAACAAGUCUAAGCCAGAGGACUCCAAGAAUCCAGCAAGCAUGGAGAUCACAGCAGGUGAAAGAAAUGUGACCACACCGGAUUCACAAGCACAGGACAGUUUAGCUGAGGGGCUUCCCCUGGAAACAGCACUACAAGAGUCAUUGGAAAGUAGCAUCCUUGGGAGUGAUGGAAGGGACGGGGUAGAUAAUAGAUCCAUGAAAAGAUCCCUUUCCUCCAGCAAACCUCACCUAAAACCAGCUCUGGGCAUGAAUGGCGCCAAAGCCCGCAGCCAGAGCUUCAGUGCGCACUCAGGAGACAAGCCUUCCACACCCGCCAUGGAAGGGCCAGGCAAAGUCCGAACUCAGAUCAUUACCAAUACUGCUGAGAGAGGCAAUUCUCUUACCCGGCAGAACUCUUCCAUGGAAAGCUCUCCCAACAAGGCCCUUUCUGUUCCCAUGUUGGAGAGUCUCCCUAGUGCUGGGAGGCCCUUGGGGCACCCCUCCUCCAGGCAGGGCUCCCUGGGGAGCUCAGGCAGCUCCAGCAGUCAGCAUGGGAGCCCAAGCAAGUUGCCUCUGAGGGUCCCUCCAAAGUCUGAGGGACUCCUCAUCCCACCUGGGAAGGAAAACCAGCAGGCCUUCACCCAGGGAGAGUGCCCCAGUGUGGCUAUACUUGCGGAACCAAGCAGUGAUCGCCAUAGGUGCCCACCCACCCCAACAGACUGCCCUGAAGCCCUGCAGAGCCCAGGGAGGACUCAGCAUCCAAGCACUUUUGAAACAAGCAGUACAUCCAAGCUAGAAACUUCUGGAAGGCAUCCAGAUGCCUCUGCAACUGCGACUGAUGCUGUGAGUUCAGAAGCCCCCCUCUCACCCACAAUCGAAGAAAAGGUCAUGUUGUGCAUUCAGGAAAAUGUGGAAAAGGGCCAAGUGCAAACAAAGCCCACCUCUGUAGAAGCAAAGCAGAAGCCUGGGCCUUCUUUUGCCAGCUGGUUUGGUUUUCGGAAGAGUAGACUUCCAGCUCUGAGUAGCAGGAAAAUGGACGUCUCCAAAACCAAAGUAGAAAAGAAAGAUGCAAAAGUCUUGGGGUUUGGAAACAGACAACUAAAAUCGGAAAGAAAAAAAGAGAAAAAGAAGCCCGAACUACAGUGUGAGACAGAAAAUGAACUUGUCAAGGACACCAAGUCAGCAGAUAAUCCAGAUGGCGGUUUACAAAGUAAAAAUAAUCGGAAAACACCACAAGACAUUUACAACCAACUGAAGUUUGAACCAAGGAAUAGACACAGCCCUGUUACGUGUUCAACAAAAGACACCUUCAUGACGGAACUCUUGAACAGAGUUGAUAAGAAAGCAGCUCCACAGACAGAAAGUGGAUCAACGAAUGCUUCCUGCAGGAAUGUGUUAAAGGGCAGUUCUCAGGGCUCCUGUCUCACCGGCAGCUCUCUCAGCACUCAAGGAAACCACAAGAAAAACAUGAAAAGCAAAGCCGAUAUGGAAGUACCGAAAGGCUCCCUGGUAAAACAGGCAAAUGAAAGCUUGCAAGAGGAUGAAGAUGAUGCAGUUGCAGAUUCUGUAUUUCAGAGCCACAUCACAGAAUCCAACUGCCAGAUGAGAACAUUGGACAGUGGGAUCGGAACCUUCCCACUCCCAGACUCGGGAAAUCGCUCAACAGGACGAUACCUAUGCCAGCCAGACUCCCCAGAGGACAGUGAGCCUCUCCUGCCUCUCCAGUCAGCCCUUUCUGCAGUUUCUUCCAUGAGAGCCCAAACCCUUGAACGUGAAGUGCCUUCCUCCACAGACAGCCAGCGCCCUGCAGAUAGCGCCAUUGUUCAUUCCACAUCUGACCCCAUCAUGACUGCCAGAGGGUUGCGACCUCUUCAAAGCCGCCUCCCCAAACCAGCUUCCUCAGGAAAAGUCAGUCCCCAAAAGCAGAAUGAAGCAGAGCCAAGGCCUCAGACGUGCUCAUCAUUCGGAUACGCUGAAGACCCAAUGGCAAACCAGCCUCUUCCAGACUGGGGGGGUGAAGAUGCCGCCACCGGGACCCAGGACAAGGCACCCAGAAUGUGUACAUACUCUGCCAGCGGUGGCAGUAAUAGUGACAGUGACCCGGACUAUGGAGAUAAUGGUUUUGGAGCUGGAAGGGGACAGUUAGUGAAAGCACUGAAGAGCGCUGCCCCAGAAAUUGAAACAACUUGAAGAAACAAAAGACGAUCCCGAGAAUAGAUUAUCGAAAAUUUCCCUGGAGUCAUUCAAUAAAUUUCACAGCAAUACUGUGAUUUUAUUAGAAAAAGAGAAGAACUCUCUGAACAAGGUUGAAGGACAGAAGGAAGAAAAAGAAAAAAAUGAAGAGACAUCUUUGAGUAGUUCAGAUAGGCCUGGGGUAGACAACUUGGAAUCUUUGAGUGAUUCUUUAUAUGAUAGCUUCUCUUCCUGUGCCAGUCAAGGUUCAAAUGAUGUAUAAAGGACUUCUCUUCCCUUAGUGAGCUGGGACUGGAGCGCUUAAGAAAUGAGGGCUGGGGGUGGCGGGGGGUGUGCUGCUGGGUAGAGCUGACAAUAAUAAACUAUUGAAGUACCAGAGCCUUCAUUGUCAAAUUCACAGCAGGCAACCCACCAGAGCUCAUAUCUCUGACAGGGCAAUAAAGAUAGACUCCAUUUAUUGUGUUUCAAGAGGAUUAAGCGUAAACACACCUAUGAUACAGAAUCCUUAAUUUUGCACUUUUUUUGAAUAUUUGUACAGAAGUUGUAAAUUUUUUGGAAGAGAAAUUAUAUUUGUAGCAAAAAAAAAAACAGACAGCAAUAAAUGGAAUCAGCGCCAUGCUCUUGAAAUAAUGUACUAAGUCUUAGAAGUUGAUGAUAAUAUAUAUUUUUUAAAAUCCCAACUGAAGUUUUUGUGAUGUUCAUUGUCCUGGUCCUCAAAUUGUUUGUGGGUACACUCUGUAAACCUACAACAGGGCCUGCCAAAAAACCAGAGGGUUCCUUCCUCCUCAUCUCCAUCUCAUAAAUCUCAAUUUGAUAGAAAUGUUCAUUUUAGUGCAAUUUCAGAUUCGUUGCCAGAGAUUCAGGUGAUAGUAAUCGGUGUAAUUCUGCUUCUGCUGAAAAAUGAAAAGGGUCCUAAAGUGUGGACACUGAUUGGGAGUGUGUCAUUGUAUCAGAAAUGACCGAAUUUUAUUCCUAAUAACAGCUUUUCCUUCCAGACAUUUCUUUAGAUUGUCUUCUACUUAGUGCUUCUCUAUGAUCCUUUUAUUUGAUUUUUAUCUUCUUGCUCUUUUUAUUAAAAUCUGGGCACUCUAAAAAUGAAAGCAAAUUUCUAUUUGCAGUGUUCACUUUUAAAAAUAAAAUUAAUGGUGCUACGAAGAAUUCUUUUUAAUAUCCUUUUUUUCUACAAAGACUGUUUAUAUGUAAGGAUAAAUUCUAUUUUAAAGGUUAUGUGUAUUUUUUCUAGAUGUGAACUAUUUAUAAUUGCUUAUGUACAGGAGCUUGUAAACUAGGCACAAUAGAAAUAUUUUUAGGAUCUAUAUGGCUACUUUAGCACAUAAUUGUUUCUUUAAAGAGUAUUGUAUGAUCAGUGUUAUUUGGUUAAUUUGUGCAAUUUGUUUUAUUUUAUCUUAAAUGAAAAUUAUGUAAAAUGUCCUUGUCUUUCAGACUUUAAAAAAUCAUUUUGUUUUCUUUCUGAAUAAAAGUUAUAUCACAAUUGCACCCUCUGAAAACUGAAAAUAACUUGCUCAAGGACCUUUUGGCCCAGUCAGUUACUUGAAUCAUGACUCACACGUGCUCUUCCGAUGGGUUUCCCGAAGGAAUAAAUAAACUGGCCCUUUUGCUCUAGAGAUAGUAAUUUAGCCAAUUUUAAGAUCAGAGUCUGCAGACAGGUGAGUAAUGGUCAAAGCAUUUCAGUCUCCCCGAGGGGUUAACCAAAUAGAAAUGAAAGAAGGGGGGAGGGAGGGAGAGAAGGAGCCCGAGGCAGACAUGGAGUGAUCUCUGCAGAGGAAUUACAAAGCAAGUCAUUUAAGCUCCUUUCCAGACCGGCUCAGCUGGGAGGAUGCAAAAAUAAAUGAUCAGCGUCCCGGCCGGAGAGAGCUGCCCCAAGAAGUGGCCGCGGGAGAAAUGGGUGAAAAGGGGCAAAGCUUAGGAGGCGAUUUCCACGGAAAUGGACGCUCCCUAAGGAUGUGGGGAAAGGGGGUGGGAAUGUGCGGAUUGGGGGCGGGGGCACCAACGCACUCCGGCAGGCAAGCGGCCUCCCGCAACACCUGCUGCAAGGCUGGGGAAGGAAGGCGAAGAUAGCACCGGGGCAUCCCUGGGAGUACGCAAGGCUUUGCGCUGCAAAUCCAGUGCUACCAGUGUGAAGAAUUCCAGCUGAACAACGACUGCUCCUCCCCUGAGUUCAUCGUGAAUUGCACGGUGAACGUUCAAGAUAUGUGUCAGAAAGAAGUGAUGGAGCAAAGUGCCGGGAUCAUGUACCGCAAAUCCUGUGCGUCAUCAGCGGCUUGUCUCAUCGCCUCUGCCGGGUACCAGUCCUUCUGCUCGCCAGGGAAACUGAACUCAGUGUGCAUCAGCUGCUGCAACACCCCUCUUUGCAACGGGCCAAGGCCCAAGAAAAGGGGAAGUUCUGCCUCGGCCCUCAGGCCAGGGCUCCCCACCACCAUCCUGCUCCUCAAAUUAGCCCUCUUCUCGGCACACUGCUGAAGCUGAAGGAGAUGCCACCCCCUCCCGCAUUGUUCUUCCAGCCCUUGCCCCCAACCCCCCACCUCCCUGAGGUUCUUCUGAGUGUCCUUUUAUUCUGGGUAGGGAGCGGGAGUCCAUGUUCUCUCUUUGUUCCUGUGCAAAUAAUGAGGCAGUGUAAAGCAUUCUGAAUAAAUUCAGUCUGGCUGAAUUUUCAGUAUGUACUUCAAGGAAGGAGGUGGAGUGAAAGUUCACCCCCAUGUCUGAGUAACCAGGGUCAAGGCCAUGCUGGCAGAGUCAGCCCUUAGAAGUCACUGAGGUGGGCAUCUGCCUUUUGCAAAGCCUCCAGUGUCCAUUCCGUCCCCGAUGGGGGCAUAGUUUGAGACUGCAGAGUGAGGGUGACGUUUUCUUGGGGGAGGAGGGCCAGUUCCCACUCAAGGCUCCCUCACUUGACAUUCAUUCAAACUUCAUGCUCCUGAAAACCAUUCUCUGCGGCAGAAUCGGCUGGUUUCGCGCCUGAGUUGGGCUCUAGUGACUCGAGACUCAAUGGCUGGGACUUAGACUGGGGUUCGGCCUCACUCUGAAAAGUGCUUAAGAAAACCUUCUUAGUUCUCCUUGCAGAGGACUGGCGCCAGGACGCGACGAAGAGCAGCGGGCGCUGCACAAAGCGGGCGCUGUCGGUGGAGGAGUGCGCGUGGGCGCGCAGGCGCUUCUCGUGGUUGGCGUGCUGCAGCGACAGGCGGCAGCACAGCACCUGCACGAACACCCGCCGAAACUGCUGCGAGGACACCGUGUACAGGAGCGGGUUGAUGACCGAGCUGAGGUAGAAGAACGUGUCCGAGAAGGGGAGGAGGAUCAUGUACGCCCGGAAGUAGGACCUCGUCCAGUCGUGCUUGGGUUUGGCUGCAGCCAUGAUCCUCCGAAUCUGGUUGGGCAUCCAGCAUACGGCCAAUGUCACAACAAUCAGCCCUGGGCAGACACGAGCAGGAGGCAGAGACAGAAAAGAGAAAAAUACAGCAUGAGAACACAGUAAAUAAAUAAAUAAAACCAUAAAAUAUUUAGCCCCUCUGUUCUGUGCUUACUGGCCAGGAAAUGGUACCAAUUUUUUCAGUGUUGGACUUGACAGCUUUUGCCACAAGCAAGAGAGAAUUUAACACUGUUUCAAACCCAAGGGAGUUGACUGUGUUAAAGACCAUUAAAUGCUUUAGACAGUGUA